GUCGCAAGAUGGCGGCGCUGAAGGAGGCUCGGAGCUACGGGCUGUCGUGCGGGCGGGUGAGCGACGGCAGCAGGGUGUCCGUGUUCCACGUGAAGCUCACCGACAGUGCCCUGAAGGCCUUCGAGAGCUACCGCGCCAGCCAGGACUCCGUCUCGCUGAGGCCGUCCAUCCGAUUUCAAGGAAGCCAGGGGCACAUCUGCAUCCCGCAGCCGGACUGCCCGGCGGCGGUGCGCACCUUCUCCUUCUACCUCUCGCACAUCGGCCGCGACAGCCCCCAGGGCAGCUUCGACUGCAUCCAGCAGUACGUGUCCAGCCAUGGGGGCGUGCACCUGGACUGCCUGGGCAGCAUCCAGGACAAGGUCACCGUGUGCGCCACCGACGACUCCUACCAGAAGGCGCGGCAGAGCAUGGCGCAGGCCGAGGAGGAGACGCGCAGCCGCAGCGCCAUCGUCAUCAAGCCCGGAGGCCGCUACCUGGGCAAGAAGGUACAGUUUCGGAAACCAGCCCCGGGGGCGACGGACGCCGUGCCCUCCCGGAAGCGGGCGACCCCCAUCAACCUGGCGAGCGCCAUCAGGAAGAGCGGCGGCGGCGGCGUGAGCGGGGUCGGCGGGGUGGCCCAGAGGCCCUUCCGGGACCGGGUGCUGCACCUGCUGGCGCUGCGGCCCUACCGGAAGGCGGAGCUGCUGCUGCGGCUGCAGAAAGAUGGGCUGGCGCAGGCGGACAAGGACGCGCUGGACGGGCUCUUGCAGCAGGUGGCCAACGUGAGCGCCAAGGACGGCACGUGCACGCUGCGGGACUGCAUGUACCAGGACGUGCAGAAGGACUGGCCCGGCUACUCGGAGGGGGACCAGCAGCUGCUGAAGCGCGUGCUGCUCCGGAAGCUGUGCCAGCCGCAUGGCGCCAGCGGCCUCCCCGGCGACUCUGCAGCCUCCAGCCCUCCCCGAGAGCCCGGCUGCUCGGCGUCCCCCCCUCAGAAGCGGCCGCAGCCCCCUGAUUUCAUCGACCCCCUGGCCAGCAAGAAGCCCAGGAUAUCUCACUUCACCCAGAGAGCCCAGCCUGCCGUCAAUGGGAAGCCAAGUGCACCCGACGGCCGCGAGGCCCUGCUGCCCACCCCCGGGCCGCCAGCCGGCGCCGACACCCUGAGCUCCAGCGCCCACCUGCCCCCACGGUUGCAGCCCCCCAGGGCCCACGACCCCCUGGCCGACGUCAGCAACGCCCUGGGCCACGGCGCUCGAGACUGUGGACGGGGAGAGACGGCGGCCCCAGCCCCCCCGCCCCCCGGCCUGCCCCUGCCGACGGACUGUGCCCAGCCCGGCAGCCCCCACGGCAGCCCCGCGCGCAGCAAGUCCCGCAGGAAGUCCAAGAAGCACAAAGAGCAGGAGCGCGCGCCCGAGGAGCGGCCCCACGCCCAGCCUCCGGAGCCCGUGCCCGCCACCCCGGGGCUGAACGGAACCUGCAGCGGCGCCAGCGCGCCCGCGCCCACGUCCACGUCAGAGACGCCCGACUACCUGCUGAAGUACGCGGCCAUCUCGUCGUCGGAGCAGCGGCAGCGCUACAAGAACGACUUCAACGCCGAGUACAGCGAGUACCGCGACCUGCACGCGCGCAUCGAGCGCAUCACGCGGCGCUUCACGCAGCUCGACGCGCAGCUCCGGCAGCUCUCGCAGGGCUCCGAGGAGUACGAGACCACCCGAGGGCAGAUCCUGCAGGAAUACCGCAAGAUCAAAAAGACCAACACCAACUACGGCGCCGAGAAGCUGCGCUGCGAGUACCUGCACAGCAAGCUGGCGCACAUCAAGCGGCUCAUCGCGGACUACGACCGGCGCCAGCUGCAGGCCUGGCCCUAGCGGCCCGCGGAGCCCCCGCCCGCUGCCUUUUCUAGUUUUAUACAGAGGCCGCCGGCGCCUGCGCACAGACUCCAGUCUAUUUUUGUACAGAGCAGAGUCCUUUUUGUAAACCUGUGCCUCCCCCGGCGCUGCCGCGCCCGCCCCGCAGUGUUAGGCGCACGCCCCGCGCCCCCAGGCUCCACUUCCGGCCGUGUGGGCCAGGGUCUGUCGCCGCCCCCCACCCCCACCCCGUGCUGCUGCUCUUCCUCCGCACUGUCGGGACCACUCGGUCUCCACGCCGCUGCGCGCUCCGUCCACGCGUGGGGCCCGGGGGCGUCCCAGCAGGGCCACUGCUGGGCUUGCACUCAGGGAGGCCCGGCCCCGGGGCCCGGGGGCGCAGGCUCCACGGACGCCCCACUUGCUGCUUUGUCGCUGUGCCUCAUGUCCCCUGGCCGCGGGGGCUGUGUGCGUGCGCCAGCGUGCGUGUGCGUGUGUGUGUGCGUGUGUGUGCGCGUGCCCGUGCGGCUGGGGCAGAGCCGUGUUGGAAUGCGGCGGGGCGGCGAGCUGGGGCGGAGGGUGGACCGCAAACACAGAUGCCUCUGUGUUGGGCCGCGGGGGGCUGCUCCUGCCUCCUCUCCGCCCGCCCGGUCCGUGGGGAGGGGCGGGGCCGGCCGAGUCCUCUGUCUUCCCUGCCCCGCGGGGGCGGCCAUGCACUUGGUGUUUACAGGAAUUUUUCACUUUUGCCAAAACGUUGGGAUUGGAAGGCGCCCCCCAGUGCCCCCUUCUUUCUUAAAAGGCCUUUUGUACACCACAGGUGAACGCUGGGGGUUUUUCAACCUACAAUAAAUUUCACUGACGGAACCCAGCAGCGCGGGCUGCCUGGCUGGCGCGUGU